GCCAGUCUGGUGCCAGCCUCCACCCUGGUGACAAAGGUUGUCCCUUCUACCCAGGCGGCCAAAGUGACUAGUGGCCCAAAAAUGACAGCAGCGCAGCAAAGGGCCCCCCUGAAAGCGUCAGCCAUCCAGCUACCGGCAAACUUCCAGAUCCCCCCCGGUACUGUCCUUUUGAAGAGCAGCAAUGGGCAGCUUAUGCUGGUCUCCCAACAAGCUUUGGCAAGAGCUCAGGCCCAGAAUCCAGGAAACCAGCUGGUAUCGAGCCUGGCAAGCAGCAAUGGGAAAGCUGUUCCUCUGUCUGCAUCCUUGACUCCUGUGUCCUCAACAGUAACUUUUCAGAGGAGCCCUAAUCAAAUACAAUCUACUGGCACUCCAAGUGGAACCGUCAAAGUUUCCUCAUCUGUUGCUUCUAAAGCAAAUACCUCGGUUCCCAGUUCUACAUUUCUUAGGAUUUGCACCACUCCACAAACUGUAUCUAAUAGCCAAGGAACCUCUACAGUAAUAAUUAGAGCCUCUGCCCCUUCUCCUGUAACCAUUUCAUGCACUUCACCUGCUGCCACCACGACCACUCCGUCCACUGUGGGUGUGACUGGCACUUCUGCUCUGGCACUUAAUUCUAGCACUGUUGCGGUUUUACCUAUUAGAACAUCAGUAUCUCCAGUUACACCCAUUGCUGUGAAUUCUUGUAGUUCAGUUGUGAUGCCAACUGCAACUGUAUGUCCUUCCCAAAUGCCAGCACCUACUGCCCCCUCUGCUAAACAAGCAACAGCAAACCUAGUUAAAACCUUUACCCCAUCAAGUGGACCUCCAAGUGUUACUGGUGGCCCCACUAUCAAGAUAGCAGGCUGUAAUAUUUGCAGUGCACCUACUCCAGUUGGGUCAACAAUUAUAGUAUCCAGCAUGUCCCCGUCUGUGAAGGAAACCAACCGACCUGUGCAAAUACAAGCAAGCAUUCCAUCUGUCCACUCAAAUGUGAAUAUUUGCAAAGCUGAGCCUCUGAAGAAAACGCAAGUUGCACAGCCUCCAAAUACCACAGAAGUCCUGGAUAACGUAAAGAAGUGCAAGAAUUUUCUGGCAACGUUAAUCAAACUGGCAUCAAGUGGACCUCAGUCACCAACCAUGGGGCAAAAUGUCAAAAACCUGGUGAAAAACUUGCUGGAUUCAAAACUUGAACCAGAAGAAUUUACUACAAAACUAUACAAGGAGCUGAAGUCCUCGCCACAGCCGUAUCUCGUGCCUUUUCUCAAGAAAAGUCUUCCUUCACUGCGCCGUCUGAUGCCAAAUUCCCAAGAAUUUAUCUUGCAGUGUGGACAACAGAACCCUAUGCCAGUGACGACUGCAACAAAUUCAAUCACUUUUGUUAAGAUUACACCGUCCUCUGCCACACAGACCGUAAAACCAGUUGGCUCCACAGCACAUGGCACUGUGCAAGUCCACCAGGCUACUUGUGCUUUGCCCCAGCCUCUCGGUACAUUGAAACCUAUGAACAUUAAACAGAUGGUAGUUCAGCAGCCAAGCAGUGGGCUUGUGAAGCAAGUGACCACGCUGCCCUCAAACUCUGCACUUAGCAAGCCUGGAGAAAAACGCCUCCCCGUGAACACCCUAAUACAAACGGGUCACCUGCCACCAGCGUCAGUUGUGAAACAGAUCACCGUUCCAGGGAAUAAAGUUAUAUCCCUACAAGCAUCUACUCUUCCCAUGAAGGAGAAUAACUCUGCAUGCUUCAGGGAAGAAGAUGAUAUAAAUGAUGUGACAUCUAUGGCCGGUGUUAAUCUGAAUGAAGAAAAUGCCUGUAUAUUGGCAACAAACUCAGAACUAGUUGGUGCAGUGAUUCGAUCUUGCAAAGAUGAACCAUUUUUAUUUACAUCUGCUCUUCAAACCCGAAUCUUGGACAUAGGUAAAAGGCAUGACAUUAAGGAACUUAACUCUGAUGUUAUGAACUUGGUCUCCCAUGCGACGCAGGAAAGAUUACGAGGGCUCAUUGAAAAACUGACGGUGGCGGCACAGCACAGAUCCACCAACUGCAAGCAAAGUGAUCGCCAUGUCCAGUCUAGUGAUGUCCGAGCACAGCUCAAGUUUCUUGAACAACUCGAACAUCUUGAGAAACAACGCAAGACUGAAGAAGAGCGAGAAAUGCUUCUUCGGGCUGCUAAGAGCCGGGCAAAUAAAGAAGAUCCAGAGCAACUGAAAUUAAAGCAAAAAGCCAAAGAGAUGCAGCAGCUGGAACUGGAGCAAAUACAAUACAGAGAGGCGAAUCUUGCAGCACUGGCCGCUAUUGGACCAAGAAGAAAAAGACCCCUGGAUACAAGCUUACAAAAUGUAAUGGAGGGAUUUCACACAUCUGGUUCUUCAGUUUUCGGUGUACCCAAAUCAAUAUUUGUUCCAAGAAUAACUCGGGUUAGUCUCAGGGAUUUAAUAUUCUGUAUGGAACAAGAACGGACAACCAAGCAUUCCAUGUCGCUGUACCGUGCCCUUCUCAAGUGAACUUCAGUGAUUCAUUGCCAAAGAAAUUCUGUUCUUUUUAGUGCACUUUUCUCAUAGAAACCAUAUUGUCUCCAGGAGGUUAUUUUUCUUUACAGGAUAUUUUUAUACCAAUUACGGUAAACACAGUAGAGCUGUGGAUUUGUGUUCUUCUGCCAGUGUAGCUCUAGCUUUAGGAAUCUUGCUUGUAUGAUAUCUUUUUAUAUCUGCGGCAGUUUGCACACAGUAGUGCCUUCAUUUGUGGGUAUAUUCUUAAAGGGAAUGGCCAGACAUUUACAUAAAAUAGGCUCUACGUUGUGUAAAAUAAGGGAUUUCUUGCCCUUCCGAUCCUCUGCCGCUCCCAUUCAGAUUUUUCUUUGCUUCCAUCUCAACCAGCAAGAAAUGACUGCCCAGCUCAUCACUUUAGUGAUUACAGCGAUUUGAGUAAGUUUGUUUCCAAAGCUGUUGGGCUACAGCCUGACAAUGUAGCUGGGCACCAAUGGCCAUGCCAUUCCCACCCACGGCAGCCAGUGGCUGCACAAUUUUGCGGUAAGAUUCAGCCCAGCUUGGCCAAGCCUCUUAUAAAGACAGUAAAUGAGAGAGUAGUGAGCUGGUAAAAUCCUGUUAGACUUGCCACGAAAUUGCUGAAGGAAUCAAAAUAGGGCUGUAUACUUUACACAGAAUGUUGUAUAUUUUAUUAUCAUAUGUCUUUAUACACUUAUUCGAUUGGUUAUUAUUUAAUUUACUACAUUGCCAUUUAAUGUUUUAUUUUUAAUAUUUGGUAUUUGUUCUAGGGCAAUAUUGCUUGUUUUUUUUUUUGUUAGGUGUACCUUCACCUUCUAUAGACCUUUUCAUACUUGGAGAUCUAAAUCUGUACUGUAUUGAAAUGGCAUAAUGCAUAGCACUUUAGUGGUUCCUCAGAGCCUUGUAAUACAUUUUUUUAUUUUAUUAGUUGAUAUAGGAAAUGGCAUGUCUAGAUGGUUGACAGUCU